AUGGGCAAUGGGUUGUAUAAUGGGUUGUAUACGGUGACCCAAUGUAGGCAAGAAAGAGGGAAUUAUGGAAAAUUGGUUUAUAAGUUUGUUUUGCAUCGAUUGGCCGGGCAACCGGAAGUCAAUGGAGCACAUGUUGGCAUGCCAAAGAAGUCAAAGAAGUCUAAAGUCUUGAAGUUACCUAGUGUGGUUGCUGAUGAUGUUUCUCAAGGAAAAGAGGAGAAGCCUGUUCGCGCAGUCAACACCGUGGACGAUGAGAAGCUUCCACCUUUUCAUUAUGUUACCAAUGUGAUCUACCCUGAGUGGUACGAGUCUACCCACUCUGUCCCUAGGGGUUGCGAUUGCAUCAAUGGAUGCUUAGGUUUCGAGAAAUGUCCAUGCACCGUUGCGUAUGGGGGCGACAUUCCAUUCACUUCGAAAGACGACAUUCCAUUCACUUCGAAAGAUGCUAUCGUUAGGAGAAAGCCUCUCGUUUACGAGUGUGGCCCAUCUUGCAAAUGCCUGCCUUCUUGCCAAAAUAGGGUUAGCCAAAACGGAAUUCGGUACCAUUUGGAGAUUUUUAUGACCGAGAAAAUGGGGUGGGGGGUUAGAUCGCGGGACUUCAUUCGAUCCGGCGGUUUUGUUUGCGAGUACACGGGAGAGUUGCUUCGAGAACAGGAAGCAGAGGAAAGAGUCGGUAACGAUGAGUAUCUAUUCGAUAUCGGGAAGAAUGGUAGUGGCUUCACUAUUGAUGCAGCUAAAUUUGGGAAUGUGGGGAGGUUCAUAAACCAUAGUUGCUCUCCAAACCUCUAUGCCCAAAACGUCCUUUAUGAUCAUGAUGACAAGAGAAUGCCACACAUAAUGUUCUUUGCUUCCAAAAGCAUACCUCCUUUAAGAGAGUUGACUUAUGAUUACAACUAUAAGGUGGAUGGAGUUCGUGAUGGUAAUGGCGACAUCAAGAGGAAGGAUUGUUAUUGUGGUUCUCGCUCGUGUAGUGGGAGGUUGUACUGUGGAAGGAUUUGCCUGGUCCUUUUCAAGGGGGCCUGGCUUGGGUCUCGUUUCAGUGCGGCUAGUUCUUUCUUUGAAUCUAGGUUUUGGUUUCGGGCUUGGCCUUUUGUUUCAGUUAUAGGUGUUGGUGUGCUUAGGGUUUGCAGCUUUUGGCCUUGUUUGUGGGGUUUUGGUUGGCAUCUUACCUUCCUCUGGGCUCGGUUCUCGUGUGACUUUUUGUCGAUGUGUCCGAGAUCCAUGUAAUUUUUGUAUCUUUUACAAAGAUUAAUAAAAUCUUUUUGCUGAAGGGAAAA